UGUAAAAUGGUGACAUUGUUGUUUCACUUCCUUUCUCUGUUAUUUCUAGACCUCUGCAUUUGUGUUCUGAACAAUAAACUUCAUGAUGCUAUGCCGGUAAGAGGAAAUUGUUAGCCUGGUCACUUUGCAGUGAUACUGAGUGCAUGCAGGUGGGGUCAGAAUGGAGUUUGAACCUAGUAAUAACUCUUUUGUUUGAGCUUUCAUAUUUUACCCAUGGCAAAUUUGGAAAGAAAUAACAAAAUCCUGCUUGAAUUGAUUCAACUACCUGGGAAUAAUGUUUGUGCUGACUGUGGAUCUUCAGAACCUGACUGGGCGUCCUAUACUUUGGGCAUAUUUGUGUGUCUUAACUGUUCAGGGCUUCACCGUAAUAUCCCGUCUGUGAGCAGAGUCAAAUCUGUGCGCCUGGAUUUCUGGGAUGACUCACUAGUGGAGUUUAUGCAGAAAAGCGGGAAUUUGAUUGCAAAAGCUUUCUAUGAAAAAUGCAUCCCUUUUUUUUAUUACCAACCAGAACAGAAAGACUGCGUUGUGCUUAAAGACCAGUGGAUUCAAGCAAAAUAUGAGAGAAGAGAGUUUACUGGCGAAAACAAUGACUAUCAGCGAGCAUAUAUGUUAGAUCCUUUUGAUAUUAUUCUAUGGAAAAAGGGCAAAAAGAACAAACAGUUCCUAAAGAGGAACUUUCUUCUGUCGCAGAAAGACUUCACCUUGCGAUACUUCGUAAAAGAGGAUUGUAAAGUACCCAAACACAUCAUCAGUAUGAAGGACCUAAAUGCAGUUUUUCAGCCAGAGAAGAUAGGACAUGCUCAUGGGCUUCAAAUCUCUUUUCUGCAUGAUGGUGAAAGAACCAGAAAUCUCUUUCUUUACCAUGAAAAUGCACAGCUAAUCGUUUCUUUUUUCAAUGCCCUUCGGAAAACACGCUUGGCAUACCUUCAAAAGAAAAAUCCCACGCUUCAAAUUAAUGAUUUAAUACCACAGCUCACAAGGCCCUCUCUAAUGGAAGGAUACAUGGAGAAAACUGGGCCAACGCAACGUGAGCCCUUCAAGAGGAGGUGGUUCACUUUGUGCUCCAUGAAUCGAAAACUUCUAUAUUUUAAAACACCUCUUGAUGCCACAGAGCUGGGGGCAGUCUUCAUUGGCUCAGAGAACCACAGUUACACUGUGUCAGAGCUCAGUGGGCGCAGCACGAGGGGCGGGCGCUGGCACUGUGGGCUCAGCCUGCAGACUCCCGGGAGGCAGUUUGUGUUUAUGUGUGAGCAGGAGGAAGACCAGCGCGAAUGGAUCAACGCCUUCAGGAAAGUUAUUUCUCUGCCCAUGAGCGCCGAGGACUAUGCAAAUGAAGCCAACCUCAGAAGAGCGAAAUGAACACUUCCACCUCCUACUCUGAAACUAAGUUGUUUACAAAGUAAAUGGUCCAGAACAGGACACCCUUACUGAAUAUAGAUGUAAUGACCUUGAAAAGAGUAACACAACUGCUGCUAUUAUAUAGCAGAGUUUAUUGGGGUUUUUUUUUUUGUUUUUUUUGUACGACUCCUGUAGUGUUAUAUGUUUGGUAUUUAUUUAAAAUCCAUUAAUUUUUUGUGUUUGUCCAUUUUAAUUAUUUAUUGUGUUUCUAUUAAUUAUGUCAAAUUAUUCAAAUGAAUCAAAUAAAAUGUU